AUGUAUUUCAGGAAGCAAGGUGAUGCAGGGAUCAUGUUAGUCAGUCUCUAUGUUGAUGACAUGAUCUACACCGGGUCGUCUAAAGAGCUCAUUUAUCAAUUUAAAAUGGAGAUGAUGAAGACGUUUGAAAUGACAGACCUUGGAAAGCUACAUUAUUUUCUUGGGAUCGAUAUAAAGCAAACAAACACUGGUAUUUUUAUUGCUCAAGAAAAAUAUGUAUCAGACAUGCUAAAGGGUCUCAACAUGGAGAAUAUUGAACCAGUCACAACUCCUAUGAACACCAAUGAAAAGAUAACAUGUGAAGAUGCCACAGGAAUGACAGAUCCACAAAAUUACAGGAGCAUAGUUGGGAGGUUAAUCUACCGCACUCACACAAGACCAGACAUAAGUUUUGUAGUGGGAGUAGUCUCAAGAUUCAUGCACAAACCCACAAAACAACACUAUGGAGCUGUCAAAAGAAUUAUUCGUUACUUAGCUAGUACCAAGCACUAUGGUAUCUGGUAUUUGAACUCGAAAAGGUUUGUGCUAAAAGGAUACAAUGACAGUGAUUGGGCGGGAUCACAAGAAGACAAGAAGAGUACAAUAGGGAAUUGUUUCAGUACUGGGUCUGGAAUAAUUUCAUGGCAGUCAAAGAAGCAAGCAACGGUAGCUUUAUCAUCAACUGAGGCGGAAUAUGUGGCGGUCACAAUUACCGCAUGUCAAGCUGUGUGGUUACGAAAACUUAUCGGUGAUCUUAUGUAG